CUUCUGUGUAUAAAACUGCACUGCGCCCCUUGCUCGCUUUUUCGUUUUUAUUAUUUUUAUUCUUUACUUUUUACAACUAUCCAAGACAUGGCUGAAAGCCCAUUUAAAUUGAGACAUCCAACUGAUUAUCAUUUACAGCAACAACAACAUCAAUAUCAUCAUCGUCAUCAGCAACAACAACAACAACAAGUCUUGAUGGAAGAUUAUCCGCAACAAGGUGGCUUCUUAUCUCCACUACUGAGUGAUUUUGAUGAACUAGACGUCAAACAUAAUAAUAGAGUGAUUGAUAUGGAUAUCAUGUCUGAAGAGUCUCCAUCUGAUUAUUCAUCUGUGCUGUCUAACUCUCAUCCACCACAAUCCUUUUUGAUGGACUUUCAUCAAAAAUAUAAUAGUGCAGAUACUCUCUUAUCAGUCUCUCCACAGAGCCCUACUUUAUUUAAUGGCCCAUUUUCGGCUCCUUCUCAGAUGGGUUAUCUGGCUGCUCUAAAUCAAAAUACAAGCAUGGAAGACUUUGAGUCUUUGCAGUUACAACAGCAAAUAUUAACUGAAAAGAAGCGAAGAAGAAGGGAAUCUCAUAAUGCAGUCGAAAGAAGAAGAAGAGAAAAUAUUAAUGAACGCAUUCAAGAGUUAGGCACGCUCUUGCCAGAUUAUAUGUAUGAAGAGAUUACUACACAUAUUGGCAAUAAUAAUAAGCCCAACAAAGGAGCUAUCUUGCGAAAGUCAGUGGAUCAUAUCAAACUGUUACAGCAACAAGUAUCAAGUUAUAAGCAACGUAUCCAAGAAUUAGAAUCUCAGCUUACUACCCUCACUCAGCCAUGUUAACUUAUGUACUUUUUUAUUCCAUUUCUUUUAUUUAUAUAUAUAUAUAUUAUACAUAUUUCUAUCUUUCUAUUGUAUUUACUCAUACCCCACUUCUUUCCUUUUUUUACAUCUACAU